AUGGCUGACGGUAAACAGCGGACACAAACAAAACCAGACGACAGCGGUGAUGCGAAUGGACCUCACUAUCCAUUACGAUCACGCGCGAUAGGUACACGAGCGGAGGCAGAAGCAGCCUCGACCGAAGUUUUAGAAGCUGGUCCUAGUGUGCAAACUAUUCCCGCUUUUGAAAAAAAUGACUUGGCUGCAAUGAUCGAAGCAAUAAUGGAACGCAAGUUCGAAAGUCAAAGACAGAGAGAGGCGCAAAGACAGGAACGUGAAAAGCAGGAAAAAUUAGAUGAAAAGGCCCGCGAAGAAAAAGAGAAGGCCGAAAGACGGCAUAAUAAAAAUCAGGUCCUUACAAAUCUGUGCAACUCAGUAAAAGAAGACAUAAAUUCAGUAAAAACAGAAAUAAAUUCGGUAAAAACAGACAUAAAUUCAGUAAAAACAGAUCUGCAAACGGAGAUAAAUGACCUAAAUACACGGUUAAAUUCGGUAAAGGCCGAACUAAAGGCAGACAUAACAGCUGAUUUAAAUACCCUGUUGGGUAAUGUCCAAAGCCAAAUCAGCAGUCAGAUCACGAUCAUGAGGCUAGAAAUUGACACACAAGUAGAGUCAAAAAUAGAGGAUAUUUCAAAACGGUUAGAUGAAAAAAUCGAAGCAGCCAAGGGGGAGAUAAAUUCAAAAGUGAUAGAAUAUCAAAAACAAGCUGCGACCUUAAAAGAAGAUUAUACUGCAAUCUCUGAUGAGGUCAAAGGAGUUAAAACCGCAAUACUUUAUCUGUUUCAUAUGGGAAAUAAUUCGGAGAGCCACACUCGAGCCCUGAAAGUGAAAGAUAUGGACUUCCUUGUCGAAGCCAUCACCAGUGGCCGCUCUACAAUCAAAGUCUAUCAUAAAUAG